AUGAGAGAAGAGGUCGACAUCGCACUGCCAAUGGAGCUUCCGACGUCCACCGACUGGGCUGAGGUCGAUAUCUCCACCCAGGUCCUUCGCGUGAUCUGUCGUGUCAGCGGAAGAGCUUUCGUCGGUACGGGACUCCACCGGAAUGAGGAAUGGAUCAACAUCAGCUGUAACUACACCAAGGAUCUCUUCCUAGCAGCGCUUAAGCUCCGCGCCGUGCCGUCCUUCGUCCGCCCUGUUCUCGCCCUCUUCCUCCCCGAUUUGCGUCGUGUCUACCGACAUAAUGACCGUGCCCGAGCUCUCGUCCAGCCGAUCCUGCAGCAGCGUGAACAAAAUGAGAAGGCAAGCGCUGAGUACACAAAACCAAAUGACACAAUCCAAUGGAUCCGCGACCUGAUCCCGGAAGCGGAUCGGAAAGACUAUGCUUACCAAGGAGCUGCACAGCUGGCUAUCACGGCCGUGUCGGUACAGUCAACAAGCAAGCUCAUUGUAAAUGUCCUGCUGAACCUCAUGAAGUACGGGGAAUAUGUCCCAGUACUCAAGGAAGAGAUCGAGGUCGUCUUGGCGGAGAGCGGUGGUGUCUGGACGCUGGAGAGCAUGGGGCGGCUGGAGAGGCUGGAUAGUUUCAUGAGGGAAUCGUUGAGGUUCGAGCCGCCGCUGACAGCAACCUUCCAACGCCGUGCAAUGAAACCACUUCAGCUCUCCGACGGCACAGACAUCCCCUCGGGUGCACUUCUCCUUGCACCCGCAGACGCAAUCGCGUUCGACCCGAACUUCUACCCCGACCCAGAGGCAUUCGACGGCCUCCGGUUCUAUAAGCUACGGCAGCAGGCGAACGAAAACGGAUCUGCCGCUAAAGUGGGCAGCAAGGUGCGCCAUCAGUUCGUUGCUACGAGCGAGACACAAGUGCAGUUUGGACUAGGGCGACAUGCUUGUCCAGGGAGAUGGUUUGCUGGACAUGUCAUCAAGAUGGUUGUGGCGGCGGUGCUGCUGGACUACGAUUUGAAGUUCCGGGAUGGCGAGGAGAAGCGCAAGACGUUUCUGUUUCAAACGACUAAUAUGCCGGAUCCCAAGACGAGGAUUCUCAUGCGGAGAAAGGUUUAG